AUGUCUCCUCUCAGAGGGCAGCUCCCUGCCUCUCCUGCCCAGUUUCAACACAGUGAAGCGCUUGUGAGUUUCCCUGAAAUCCGGGAACAAAGCCCAUCUUUGAUGAGCGCCGCCCCCAGGGUCCUGGAGCGCUACCGGGCCCGGACCCAGGAGCAGACGGCCCUGAACCGGGGCCUCAGCCGCUCCAUGGGCUCCCUGCCCAUCCAGGACCUGCUGAGGGGGGACGAGGGCGCCGGGCCGCAGUACCCCCCCUCCGACUAUCACGCCAACUCCGAGUCCCCGUCGGAACUCUACCCCAAGCCCCCCUCACUGCAGUACCAGAGCUCUUACCCCUACCUGCACCCCUUCCACCCGCAGCAGAAGGGCCGGCCGGUGGAGCUGGACCGCCGCUCUCUGGCCUUCUACGGCUCAGAGGCGGCCCCGGUCCAGGCCUCCAGGAAGACCUGGGCCUCCUCGGUGGACCUGGCCUGCAUCGACCCGGAGGCGCUCCGCUUCGGGGCUCUGGAGGACGCCCGGAGGGGCAGCAGCGCCCUGAGCACGCACUCGGUGGGCCGGCUCAAAGCGCCCCUGCUGGCCUCCCGGGAGAGGGACUCUCUGUACUCAGAGUUCGGGGGGCUGAGGAACCGGAAGCAGUACCACGUCUCGGCCCUGUCCGUGGGCUCGGGUCUGAGCGGGGCCUACGACAAGAUAAAGGAAAGGCAGCGGAAACUGCAGGUGUUCCGAAAAGCCGGGGACGAACAGUAUGAAGGAGGGGAGGGGUUCCUGCUGGCCCCGCCCAUCCCUUUCUGCGACAGUGAUGGGCCGGCAGCGGUCAGUGGUGUGGCGCUCCACGGGGACCCGGUCCACACCCACCAAAGGUACCACAGCGAUUACAGCUCCUCCAGCGAAAGCCCCUCGCUGACCUCCUCCGACCCAGAGUACAGACAAGCCAAGAAACCGGGUGAGGGGGCGAGGUUGGGCUCCCAGCUGGCCCUCUCAGCGGAGCUGGACGGCCAGUCUCUGACCAGUCACAGCACACACAGGCUCAGGCAGCAGGAGGGCGCGGCCGACGAGGGUCUGGCGGGGGCCGAGCUGCUCCUGCAGCGGCAGGAGGAGGAGGUGCAGCGGCUGCAGGCCCACCUGGCCAACCGGCUGUCCCGGGCCAACCUCUACCCGCUGGACGAGCCCCUGCUGCCGCCGCACGCCUCCCUGCUGGACCUCCAGGACCCCCUCUACACCGCCACCGCGCCGCUCCGCAAAAGCAAGAACUUCCACGGACCCGAGUUUGUGAAGCUGGCCGGGGAGCCCUGCGUCGCCCUGUCCGUGCCCUCUUCAAUAAUGGUGAGGCGAGGCGUGCCGUACGCCGCCCUGGUUCCAAAACUUCCCCUUUUUUCUAAACGGAGCUUCUGCUCUGAACGGCAGAAACGCGGGAAGGCCGACGAGAGGAAGGUGGGGGUGGUGCUGCUGAACGGCCAGAGGCUGGAGCUGACCUGCGACCUCAAAGCUGUGUGCAAAGACGUCCUGGACAUGGUGGUGGCCCACGUGGGGCUGGUGGAGCACCACCUCUUCAGCCUGGCGUGCCUCAGAGAAAACGAGUUCUUCUUCAUCGAACCUGAUGCCAAACUCAUCAAAGUGGCCCCCGACGGGUGGAAGGAUGAUCCGAAAAAGAGACGGUCCGAUGUGCCUUUCAACCUUUUCCUGCGCAUCAAAUUCUUCCUGGACGACGUCAACCUCAUACAGCACGCUAUGACCAAGCACCAGUACUACCUGCAGCUGAGGAAGGACAUCCUGGAGGAACGGGUGCGCUGCAACACAGAAAACGCCAUGCUGCUGGCCUCCCUGGCUCUGCAGGCCGAGUUUGGCGACUACCAACCGGAGCUCCAUGGGAAGACCUAUUUCAGGCUGGAGCACUACCUGCCGGCGUCCAUCUUGGAUAAGGUGGACCAGACCACUCUUAGGGAAGAGCUGCCCAAACUUCACAACAACUACUACGGAUCGUCGGAUUCAGAGGCCGAGUUUGAGUUCCUCAAGGUGAGCCAGAGGUUGACUGAGUAUGGGGUCCAUUUCCAUCGGGUGCUCCCAGAGAAGAGAUCUCAGACGGGCAUCAUGCUGGGUGUCUACUCCAAGGGGGUGCUCAUUUUUGAAGUCCUGAACGGAAAUCGCGCGCCGGUGCUGAGGUUCCCCUGGAGGGAGACCAAGAAGAUUUCCUUUACAAAAAAGAAGAUUUGCCUUCAGAACACAUCGGACGGGAUUAAGCACCUUUUUCAGACGGACAGCAGCAGGACCUGUCAGUAUCUCCUGCAGCUGUGCUCCGACCAGCACAAGUUCCACCUGCAGAUGAAGGCCCGCCAGAACAACCAGGAGCUGCAGGAUCUAGCAGAGAACUGCCCCCUGAGCAGCCUGCAGUAUUCCCUGGACCCUCGGAGCGCCGACGCCACGGGCAGGUCGGUGAGCUCGGGCAGCCUGGCCCCAACCCUGUCCACGCGCUCCAACCCGGACCACCUGAAGCGGAUCUCCUACUCGGAGCUGGCCCUCAACAAGGCUCAGUCGGGCUCCGUCCUCGUCCAGGACGACUUCCGCUUCCCCGGCUUCCACCCGGCGGGGCCCUCCAUCCUCUCCAACCCCCGGGUCAUGAGCCGCUCCCACCACAACCUGGCGCAGAUGCCGGAGUCCCCCGGGCGCCCGGCGGCGGGGGACCCGUAUCGGGGCCCGUCGCACAUCCGGAUGGCCCAGCCGCCGUCCAGCCCGGCCUUAGCCGCCCGCCUCCACCAGCACCAGCGGGCCAGCUCCGACACGGACUCCAUCACACAGCCGCACGAGAACAGGCAAGCGGCAGAGCCCCACAGCAGCCCGGCCUGGCGCCUCAGCAAAUCCAAGAAGGACUCUGACUCCUCUUCCACUGAGGACGCGGGCCAAGCGUAUGUAGUAGAUUCUCUGAGAAAAAAGCUGAAAGAGCUGCCAUCCCCAGAGAGAGAAAUCACAACGGUAAAGCUCAAGAAGGAUGCGAAAUACGGACUGGGGUUUCAGGUCACAGGAGGGGAGAACCCCGGCCGGUCGGAGCUCAACACCAUCAUCAGCUCCAUCACUCCCGGGGGUCCCGCUGAUGUCAACGGCUGUCUCAGACCCGGGGACCGGCUGAUCUCUGUGAACAGCUUAAACCUGGAGGGAUUCUCUCACGCCACCACGGUCGACAUCCUGCAGAACGCUCCCGACGACGUCACUCUGGUUGUGUCACAGCCCAAAGAAAGACUUUACAAAGAAUCUUCCUCAGAAUACGCCCCAAACCAGCCCCCCUCUUCAUUUAAGUCCCCUAGCGCAGCUCAAGGGCUAGAACGAGACUUUGACACUUCUUCGGAGGACCGGCCAGUCACAGGAAGCCCCAGCCCGCCCCUCCUCAGUGCCGGCACGUCGUCGGCCUCCUCCCCGCGCCAAAAGCACACCAGCGUCAGCUCUCAGGACUCCAGAGUGAGCGGCGGGGCUAAAAUCAGCCAGCCGCCUCCUAACGGGGUCCAGCAGUGCUUGGAAAGAGCCACAGCGGCCUCCACAGCCAUCGCCCAGCACCAGAGUCCAGAGCCAAAGCCGGGUCUGGAUCCCACCCCGCCGGCCCUGCCGCCCAAAACCAGAAAGGCUAAAGUUUCCGAGGUUCCCAAAGUUUCGGAGCAGUCUGACUGGGGCGAUUCAGACAUGGACGAGGACACUUACUCCAGCGGUCAGGACAAAUUGAAAGUCAAAAAGGAAUGCAUCAAGGAAAAUUUAAAUGGUAAUGCCCCAGUGGUCAAUAGUCUCCAUCCAGGAGAGCUAUUUGACAUUGAGCUGUCCAAAUUAGACAGCGGCCUGGGCAUAAGUGUCACGGGAGGGGUCAACACGACUGUCCGACACGGAGGCAUCUACGUCAAAGGCCUGAUCCCCAAAGGGGCGGCCGAGAUGGACGGAAGGAUCCAGAAAGGAGACCGGGUGGUGGCGGUGAACGGGAAGAGUCUGGAGGGGGCGACCCAUCAGCAGGCGGUGGACGCCCUCAAGAACACGGGGCAGGUGAGGGCCGGAGGAUCGGCGUCGACCCCCAGGGACGGAUUAAGGACGGUGCGCCUGCUGCUGGAGAAAGGCCACCCGCCCGCGGACGGCGCCCGCGCCCCCCUCACGCCGGACCCCACCUCACAGCGCGCCGCCAGGGACCCGGAGCGGCCCCCGGAGUUCAGCUUCAUCACAAACGCCUGGGUAAUAAGCCUGCAGGGGGCUCUCAGGAGGCGGCGUCUUUAUCACAACCUGGCCCGUGUCCCAACAGAUAACGUGUUCGAGGUGUGCCUGCUGAAGAACACGUCGGGGCUGGGCUUCAGCUUCAGCCGCGAGGAGCACGUCCCCGACGAGCCCCACGGCUCCAGCAUGGUGAGGGUCAAAAAGCUGUUCCCGGGCCAGCCGGCAGCGGAGAGCGGCCGGAUCAGCGUGGGCGACGUCAUCCUACGGGUCAACCAGACCCGCCUCAAAGGACUCUCGCAACAUCCACAAGUGCAGCUUAUCACAGAUUGGCUCAUUCUGUAUUGUGUUCUGGUGCCCAAAGGAGGUGAUAUCAGCCCUGAGAGGGACGGGGCAGGAGAACGGCGUCCCCCCCCCGGCACGCCGGGCAGCCAGGGGCCGGGCCCCGUGGAGGAGGCCCUGGAGAGGCUGCAGCUGAAGAGCCCCGGCCGCCACAACAGCUACAGCGACAGCACGGACGGGGACGAGGAGGUGGAGGAGGCCUUCAGCCCCGGCACGCCGGCCUGGGAGCGCAGCCUCUACCAGACGCCCGCCGGCGAGCCGGACAACACCUUCCACUCGGCCUUCUACUCCCCGAACCUGUCCAUGACCAGGUCAAACCUGAGCAGCAGAUCACCUGACGUUCAGUCGACCACGCACCCGGGGAACCCCCCCGCCGGCGCCCCCAGCCCAGAUCCCCUCCCUCCCCCGAUGCCCCUGCCCCUAAACUUCAGCGUGCCCGGCAACAGGGACGACAUGGAGGAGUUCGUCCCAGUAAGAAAGACUAGAACCAGUGAGGUGUGA